AUGCUCAAGCCGAGCCCCUACGCGAGCAGCCCCGACCCCAAGUCGCCCGUCUUCGGCGGCGGCCGCGGGAGCGACGACGACGACGACGCGCGCCUCUUCUCCCUCGAGCGGCCGUCGCUGACCCAGGGCAGCCUCCAGUCCUUCGCCGUCUCCGCCGGGUCGGCGUCCGCGGCGCCGCCGGCCGUGCCCACGCAGACGCCGCAGGCGCGCAAGUCCGUCUACGCGCGGCGCGUGACGACGCGCGCGCGCAAGUCGACGAUCUCCCGCGGCAAGGGCGACCCCUCGAAGGCCAAGUCGGACCUCGCCGCGGCGCUGGGCGGCCUCGAGACGCCGCGGCGCGGCCUGCCCGCCGCGGACGGCCGCCCGCGGACCGAGCCGUUCCGCCGCGACGACGCGCCGCUCGUCUUGGCGUCGCAGACGGUCAACGACCAGCUCGCGCGGCGCCUCCUCGACACGCCCGACGCCGCCGCGGGCUUCGGCGAGGGCCGCGGCAAGACGCCGGAGUCGAGCCUCGCGGCGUUCCCGGCGAUCCUCCAGCCCGAGGGCUACGAGCGGCCCCGGUCGCCCGACUGGAACCACCCCAUGGGCGUCGUGCGCACCGUGAGCCGGGGCCGCCGCGGCUCCGACGUCGCCAUGUCCAUCCCCGUCUUCACGGCGACGGAGGACGACUACGGCGACGACGAGCACAUGGACGACGACGAGUACGCGGCCUUCGUCAAGCGCGCCGAGAAGGCGCUGGGCAUCAAGGACGACGGCGCGCCCAAGGACGACGCGCCGACCGCGGCGGACGCCGCGGCCUUCCAGCGGCGGCUCCGCGACGAGGCCCUCGCGGCCGACGAGCCGAGCGCGGAGGCGGCGGCCGCGUACCAGCGCGACCGCGCGGCCGCGGCCGCGGCGUCGCGCGCGGCCGACGAGCCGAGCGCCGAGGAGGCCGCGGCCUACCAGCGCGCCCGGGCCGCCGAGGCCGAGGCCGACGCGGUCAUGACCGCGCCGCCGCGCGACGACGAGCCGACGGCGGAGGACGCGGCCGCGUACCAGCGGUCGCUCCGCGAGCCGGACAAGGCCGCGCUCGCGGCGCCGGAGGCGAGCGCCGACGACGACGCCGACUUCGAGGCGGACACGAUGGCGCGCAUCAACGCCGCCCUGGGCAUCGACGACGACGACGACUACGGCGACGACGACUUCGACGAGCCCGCGGCGAAGCCGGCGGCCGCCGAGGACGCCGCGGAGCCGCCGGCGGAGGCCGCGGAGCCCGCCGUCGACGACUACGAGGACGACUACGACGACGCCUUCGAACCGGCGACGCCGGCUACGCCGGCGGCCCGGGAGAAGCAGGAGGAGCAGCAGCCCGAGCCCGUCGUCGAGCCCGUGGCGGAGCCCGUCGUCGAGCCGGAGCCCGUCGUCGAGCCGGAGCCGGUGCCUGAGCCGGUCGUCGAGCCGGAGCCCGUGCCCGAGCCGGUCGUCGAGCCCGAGCCCGUGGUCGAGAUCGCCACGGAGCCGGAGCCCGUGCCGGAGCCGGUCGUCGAGCCGGAGCCCGUGGUCGAGGAACCCGCGGUCGCCGCGGAGCCCGCCGUCGCCGCGGCGCCGCCGGAGCAGCGGCCGCCGAACGCGCUCGCGCCGCUGCCGAUGCCCGUCGCCGCGCCGCCGCCCGAGGCGCCCGUGGCCCUCGAGCCCGCGGAGCCCAAGGCGACGCAGCUCGCGCCCCUCGUCGGCGCGCCGUCGCCGCGGCUCGCGGCCGCGCUGCCGCCGUCGGCGCUGUCCGCGCGCGCGCCGCUGCCCGCGCCGCCCGCGCCCGCGCCCGAGCUCGGGGCGCCCGGCGCGCGCGCCGCGGCCGCGGAGGCGCCGGCGCCGGCGCCCGGCGACCGCUCCUGGGCCCUCGUCGAGGAGGGCCGCUCGACCUGCGAGGCCGCGCGCCGCGCCGCCGUCGACGACGCCGCGGCGUCGCUCCGGCGCGAUCAGGACGACGCGGCCCUGCCGCCGCGCACCUGGCCCCUCGCCCUGCGCACGGCCCUCGCCGGGAACCAGGGCUUCGGCCUCGCCACGGUCCGCGCGCACCCGGCGGACCGCCGGGCCUACGUGUGCGCGGUCUCCGCGUCGACGGGCGCGGCCUUCGCGCGGACCGUCGACGGCGACGACGUCGCGGCGCUCCUGCCCCCGCGGGCCCGCGCCGCCUACGCCCGCGCGCCGGGCAACAAGGGCCUCGACCGCGACACGGGCCUCUGCAUCGUCGCCGCGCUCAAGUUCGCCGACGGCGCCUUCUCCCUCGAGCGGUGUCCCUAG